AUGGCGGCAGCGGACAGCUCCUCAGCCACUCUCCAGCGCCGUGACUUGUGCAGCCGAGGCAUCCGCCUGGCCGUUUUUUCAGAUGUCGUUGAUCUCCUGGACACCUAUGGGAGUUUGCUCUGCUUGUUCUGGCUGCCCAUGGGACUGGGAGUGCUGGAGCAGCAGGAGCAGCUGGGUUAGGCUGAUGCUGCCCUGAGCCGGGCACUGGCAGCCGUCCUCCUCCAGGUCUCAGCCUUUGCCUACCACCUUGAGGAGCUGCUGCGGCUGGAGAGCCGUGGGCCCCCCAGCGAGGAGGGGGCUAGGCCUCCCCAGCCCCCCCACCUUGGCCUCUUUGAGAGGAAGCUGCGGGGCCUGGGGGGGCUACCGGAGGCG